GCGGCGCCGCCGCCAUCUUGCGCGGCGCGGGCAGCGCUGAGGAAAGGGCCGGGCUGGGCCGGGGCCUGCGCGCCGCGCCGCCGCCCGCGCCAUGCUGCGCGCCCUGCGGCGCCGCUGGGACUCCUACAAGUACCGCUUCGUGCCCUGGGUCGCGCUCAACCUCCGCCGCAAGCGCAGGACCCUCCGAUAUGUUCCAGAAAACUCCCAAGACAAAAUUAUCACCGAUGAAGAUGUCUUUGCAACACUACUGAAAGUAUUUAAAGCUCUGUUCAUAAAUGACUUAAGUAGACAAACACGUAUCUUGGCCUUACUUCCUGAAAUUAAAUGUAAAUAUCUGGAACUACUGACUGUUGAGCUGGAGCGAUCAAAAGUAAAUUCAUGUAACCCUCAGAGUCAACGUGUGUUUAGUCCCGAGGAAGUUCUGUUUAAUACACUAGGGUUCAGUAUUACUCGAGACCAAAGUUCACUGGUUUCUGCUGGAACUGGAGUCUUUGUUACCAAAGGUUUUGUGCCAAAAGGGACCGUUGUGUCUAUGUAUCCUGGUACAGUAUACAGGAAGUAUGAACCCAUCUUUUUCCAGUCCCUUGGCAAUCCUUUUAUUUUUAGGUGCAUAGAUGGUGUUCUUAUUGAUGGGAAUGACAAAGGACUAUCUAGAGCAGUGUACAGGUCUUGCAGCAGGAGAGAUCAGCUUGGCCCAUUUCAAAUGAGUGAUGUGAGCUGGCUCACAGCUACCCUGCAAAACCCACUGGCGGUGGGACAGUACAUUAACAACUGCUCACAUGGAAAAGCAGCCAAUGUCUGCUAUCAGGAGUUUGAUGUGCCAGGAUCUUUUCCUGUAGAACUGAAACAGUAUCUUCCAAACAUCGUCUACAGCCAUGACAUACAGAGCCAACUGAGGUGUGUAGUGCUGGUUACUCUCAGAGACAUCAAGCAAGGAGAAGAACUUUUUUCCAAUUACUUCACUGUUAUCAACUGAAUUAGUAGGUUGAGGGACUGAAGAAAUCUGUUUUAUUAAAAUAAAUUAACUGUGUAUGUACUUCAGGCUUCAUGAGCGUCUUUGUAUAAUGGAGAGCUGUGCUUUGCCGCGAGCUGCAGCUCAGAGUAGAUGGUGAUCUCCAGUCCACUAAAGAGGACACCAAUCCUCCACGGCUCAGAAGGUCCCUUCUCUCCAGAGCCUUUUUCCCCUAGCUCCUUCUGGGAGGAAGAUACUGGACAUCUCUUGAUUUCUGAAAAGAAGAAUGGUUGUCAGGAUGCCUGCAAUGUUGCUUAGCUCAAGAAGGUAACAAAGCAAUAGAAGUUACAGUGGCUUUUGUUUUGCUUAUAUAUUGGUCAAAGUUUAUGGGGAGGUGGGGAAUACUAGUUUCAGUCUGUGAGAAAGGCCCAGUUCUAUUGUCAUUUCUCUAGGCUGAGAUGCUGUCCUGCAAAGGCAUGGAUUGCUAUAGCUGUCACCCUUAUGCACUUGUUAAUCACUUUUAAGUGACCAGAUUUGAAAGUAUACUCCUCCUAUUUGAUAAUUGUGGUACCUACAUUUACAAAUAAUUUCUUAAGCAUAAUUUGCUUUACUGCAGUUGUGCUCUCUUGUAUGUGAAUGCUGCACAAUAGUGGAUGAUUACAAUGCUGAAAUGCAGGCUGCAUAUCGCUAGCAAGACACAUGGCACUGGUUUCUCCUUGCUGAAAUACUGAAGCCCAAUAGCCUGCCUUAGGGACUGAUCCAAUAUGAAAGAAAGCAAGACUUGGCCUACAACUGGCAACAGCAGUUGAUUUCUGUCUAUUGAUGGCAAUAGAAAUCCAAAAGCUGAUAGGAGGAAGAUAUGCAAUCAGGUGGUACUUCCAAAUAGCACAAAGGAACUGGAACUGCACAGAAGAAAGAUCAAUAAAGUAUCUGUCUUGAAGGAUGAUUUGCUUGACAAUUUUCAUUGUAACUCCCUACAAAUGCAAACUGACUGAGCUAAUUUCACCUCUGUAUGCCUGUACACUUAAUAGUAGACAAGGGAAAGAGAGAUAAUGGAGCUACUGGGGUGAUUCCGGCGAAGGGCCACUGAGUUGAUUAAGGGACUGGAGUGUCUCAUAUAAGGAAAGGCUGCAGGAGCUGGGCCUGUUUAGUUUGGAGAAGAGAAGACUGAGGGGGGAAUCUUACCAAUGUGUAUAAAUAUCUGACAGGAAACUGUAAAGAGGAUGGGGCCAGACUCUUCAGUGGUGCUCAGCAAUAGGAUGAGAGACAACAGACACAAAUUGAAACACUGGAAGUUCCAUCUGAACAUGAGGAAAAACUUACUGUGAGGGUGACAGAGCACUGGAACAGGUUUCCCAGAGAGGUUAUGGAGUCUCCUUCCUUGGAGAUAUUCAAAAGCCUUUUGUACAGGGUCCUGUGCAACAUGCUGUGGGUGACCCUGCUUGAGACCUAGUUGGACUAGAUGAUUUCUAGAGAUUCCUUCCAACCUCAAUCAUUCAUAGAUUCUGUGGAUGUUCCAGUGACAGAAUCUGUUUUAUUUGAGAAUGUUUUUGAUCAUUUGCUGGCAUUGUGCUCCUGUUCAAGUUUCUUUUAUCCAGCUUCAGUUAAUACUGUCAGAAGGAUAGAAUGGUAGGCACUCUUUUUUGAUUUUGCCACCUUUUCUGUUAUGAAGAAGGAGCUCACUUUCGAAGAGGUUUUGUUAUAUUUGGGGUUUUUUAAGCAGUUACUUCAAUAUGUGGAGAGAAAUCUUCAAUUGGCUUGUCAAAAUGUCAUUGGUUUUAAUUCAGAUUCCCUCCUUAGGGAAGGAAGAAAGUGAUUAGGAUAGGACAGGCUCUUUUUUUUUUUUUUUUUUAGCUAGCUCUUGUGAGGGAAGUAGAGACCACUAGAUUUUCUUCCACUGAUGGCAUACAUGAAAGGCCUCCAGUCCACUUUGCCAACACAAAUACUGUUCCUUUAUCAUUUUUUUGUUGGAGGGGAGUGCUUUUUUCAUUAUAUUUACAACUCAAGAUCUGUUCAAUGUUCACACAAAAAACAUCUUGUCAUACUACCUAACUCGGUUUUUGAAACUUCAGUGAGCAGGUACUUCUUUUUUGUACAACUUCUCCUGAGACAACUUGUUGGGAGUAACUAUUGCUUUGUACAGAGCAUAUAAUCCUACAAUAAUUCUGUUUUGUGUGCCACACAGGCUUGACAGACUCUGUGAGCAGAUUUUUAUCUAGCAGAUUACCUAGUUUGAUGUCCACAGACAAAUGUAGUUUGCAUCUGGAUUUUUCAGAUACUGCAGUUAGAACCUCAGUUCUAAUUAUGUCUUAUGCUAACACUUACCUAAACCUAUCAGAUUCAUUCUUGCUGGCUUUUCAUUUAUGUCUUUUUUAGUUUAAAUAACUACGGAUGUGUUUAACGGUAUACUAGUUUGUUAAUUUUGAAUCCUUACUGGGUUAAAAACUGCAGUUAGCUUGUUUUGUAGCACUACUUGCUUAAUUCAGGUGUUGGUUUCCUGCCCUCACUCUGUAACUCAUUUUGUUGAAGAAAGACAAGCUAGCUUCUAAUUUUUGUAACCAUAAUAAACUAAACCAAUUUAAUAA